AUGGAUAAAUUGGUCGCACAGUACAGCCGGCCGUCUCACCAGAAUGAGUUGUAUUCCGAACAAGAACAGCAUGAUCUCACCGAGAGUCUUCCUCCGAUCUCUUUAAAAUUCACUCUUCCUCCGGUGGACAAUUCUCGAGCUUUCCUGCGUGCGAUGACCGAUGACCAUGCAAAUCCCAGCUGUCCCAUCAAGCUGGCCCACGGAACCACAACGUUGGCUUUCCGUUUCCAGGGCGGAAUUAUUGUGGCGACGGAUUCACGAGCAACAGCUGGAAAUUGGAUUGCCAGUCAGACUGUGAAGAAGGUCAUUCCCGUUUCACGAUUGAGUCGUGGUGAGGAUAAGCCGACGGAUGCUCCGACGCCGGGUCUCUUGGGAACUAUGGCUGGUGGUGCUGCGGAUUGUCAAUAUUGGCUCAGAUACCUGAGUCAGCAGUGCACACUGCAUGGCAAGUUCAACAGUCCCUGUGAGCAUCAAUGUCUCUGGUUUUCUAACACGGGAACAGAAAUCCGCCACAAGCGUCGUAUCACCGUUGCCGCUGCUUCGAAGAUCCUCGCCAACCUGACAUACGCCUACAAGGGAUAUGGUCUGAGUAUGGGUACAAUGUUGGCCGGCAUGACACCGCAGGAGGGACCCGCUCUCUACUACAUCGACUCGGACGGCACACGACUCGCUGGCAACCUGUUCUGCGUUGGAUCCGGCCAGACGUUCGCUUACGGUGUGCUGGACGCCAAUUACCGCUACGAUCUCAGCGAAGAGGAAGCCCUUGAGCUGGGUCGACGAAGCAUCUUGGCCGCCAUGCACCGAGACGCUUACUCCGGUGGUUUCAUCAAUCUGUACCAUGUCAAGGAAGAGGGUUGGGUCCACCAUGGCUUCAAUGAUAUGAACCCCAUCUUCUGGAAGACGAAGUUGGAGAAGGGCGAGUUCUCGAAUGUCACGGCGGAACUGUAA